AUGGUUGCUAAGCAAGGUUGGUUUCUCAUGAAUAAUCCCCAAGUUUUAGUCUCGAGAAUCUUCAAGGCAAGGUACUUUUCGAGGACUUCUUUCCUUGAUGUUACUCUAGGAUACAAUCCUAGUUUUGUGUGGAAGAGUGUGUGGAAGGAGAGGGAGGUUCUUAAGUUGGGAUAUAGGUGGAGUAUAGGCGAUGGAAAUAGCAUUAAAGUUAUGAGUGAUUCUUGGCUUAGGGGCAGCAGAGACGGUUUCUUGAAUGGUCCUAAAAAACAAGUGUUUAAAGACAUCUUACAAUUCCCGUUGGUGGAAGGGGUGGAGGAUGACCGGUUGGUUUGGAAGGAAGAACAAAAGGGUAGCUAUAGUGUUCGUUCGGGGUACCGUAUUUGGGGUAAGGCUCAUAACAAAUAUGGGGUAAGGAAUGAUAAUAUGAAGUGGAAGAGUUUAUGGAGGAUAUCAGCCCUGACAAGAGUGAAACAUCUUAUUUGGCGUAUUUGUAGAGGUUGUCUAUCGUCGAAGGAUACUUCAUCUCUUAUUUUUUACUUAUGUUGUAAGGAAGAUUGUAAAAUCGUCGGUAGAGUUGAACUUAUGAUGGAAUGUUUGUGGAAGAACAUAAAUGACUUGGUUUGGCAUAAUGAGAAGGAAGAAGCGUCUAAACUUGAUUGGUUGGCCUUUCAAAAAUGGCAAGAGUGGUUUUCGGCUCAAAGAUAUAAUGAUUCAGACUUAAACCAGUUGGCUUCGACAAAUUGA